AAUUAAAACAUCAUUAACCAUAACUGUUUCUCUCUCUCUCUCUUGUCUGGGUCUUGAUUAAAGUCUCUGAGACUCGCUGGUUCAUAAAUAAAUGCAGAUUCAUUGAGAGAGGGUGGUAAAGGGAAAUAAAUAAGCCUUCUUUGCUCUCUCUCUCUCUCUCUCUCUCUCUCUCUGGGUUUUCUUUGAAAUUGCAACAGGCAUUUGGAAAAAGAAUUUUUUGGUUUUGGUGGCUCUUUGAUUCUUUUUAGUUAGAGACUUGUAAGGAUGUUUGGGUGUGAUUGUUUUUACUGGAGCCAAGUUAUUGAUUUCUACUCACCUGAGCCUCAACCUUUCUCUUUGCCUGCUCCAAUUCCCCAGUGGCCUCCAGGUCAAGGAUUUGCUACUGGAAGAAUAAACCUAGGAGAACUAGAAAUCAUCAAAAUUACACAAUUUGAAAGUGUCUGGAGCAGCAACCAGUUGCAUGGCAAAAAAAAUGGAGUCGCAUUUUAUAGACCUGUUGGGAUCCCUGAUGGUUUUUAUUGCCUUGGCCACUACUGUCAGUCCAAUGACCAACCAUUGAGAGGGUAUGUUGUCAUGGCUUGUGACGCCAACGAGCAGAAACCUGAAGUUUGCCAGCUCUGUGACUCAAAAUCAGGCUCUCCAGCUCUAAAGCAGCCCCUUAACUACUCAUUGAUUUGGAGUACCAAUUCACAUGAUGAUGAUUGUGGUUACUUUUGGCUACCAAACCCCCCAUAUGGUUAUAAGGCAAUGGGUGUUGUGGUCACUAACAAGCCAGAGGAGCCUAGCAUUGAAGAAGUUAGAUGUGUUCGAGUAGAUCUUACAGAAAAAUGUGAAACUUGUGAUUUAAUAAUUUCCACAGAUUCAAAAACUUUCAAGAAUCAAUUUCAGGUCUGGAACACAAGACCCUGCAAAAGGGGAAUGUUUGCUAAAGGUGUUUCCGUUGGGACAUUCUACUGCAGCACCUACUUGAGUUCUGGUGAUGAUCUGCUAGAUGUAGCAUGCUUGAAGAAUCUUGACUACACCCUACACGCAAUGCCAAAUCUAGACCAGAUUCAUGCACUCAUUAAUCACUAUGGCCCUACUGUAUUCUUCCAUCCUGAUGAAGAUUACAUGCCAUCAUCAGUACAGUGGUUCUUCAAAAAUGGAGCACUUUUGUAUCAAGAUGGCAAGGAUGAGGGUCAACCUAUUGAUUAUAGGGGUUCAAACUUGCCUAAUGGAGGUCAAAAUGAUGGGGGAUAUUGGAUUGAUUUGCCAAAUGAUGAUGAUGCAAGAAUUAAUAUCAAAAGAGGAGAUUUAGAGAGUGCUGAGUUUUAUAUUCAUGUGAAACCAGCACUCGGAGGAACUUUCACUGAUAUUGCAAUUUGGGUAUUUUGUCCCUUCAAUGGACCAGCCACCCUUAAAGUUGGGUUAAUGAAUAUACCUAUGACUAAGAUUGGGCAACAUGUGGGCGAUUGGGAGCACUUCACUCUUCGUGUAAGCAACUUCACAGGAGAACUAUGGCAAGUCUUCUUCUCUCAGCAUAGUGGUGGCCAAUGGGUGAAUGCUUCUGAUUUGGAAUUCAUUGAAGGUAAUAGGCCAAUUGUUUAUUCGUCAAAACAUGGUCAUGCUAGUUUCCCUCAUCCUGGUACUUACCUUCAAGGAUCAACAAAGCUUGCAAUUGGAGUGAGAAAUGAUACUGCUCGAAGCAAAUACUAUGUGGAUUCAAGCACAAAGUAUCAGCUUAUUGCAGCUGAGUAUCUUGGAGAUGGAGUUGUCAGAGAGCCAUGUUGGCUGCAAUUUAUGAGAGAAUGGGGUCCAACCAUCGUAUAUGACUCAAGAUCUGAACUAGAUAAGAUUAUCAGUCUCCUCCCAUUCUUCGUUAGAUUCUCAGUGGAGAACAUCUUUGACCUGUUCCCAACAGAGCUUUACGGCGAGGAGGGGCCAACUGGACCUAAGGUAAAAGAUAACUGGUUGGGAGAUGAAAUAUGCUAGUUUCGUGGCGUCCAAAUCCUGCAUUGUGCUUAUUACUAUCUCUAUUUAUCACCGUCUAGGCAUGUUGAUAGAUGGUUUGGCAAAGCUAUGGAUCUGCAGCUGGAUCAUCACCUAUAGCUUUUUACUGUGCUGGAUUGCUGUAUAGAGGGCACUUGAAAAUUAUGAUUUGCCUUUUGUGUUCACAAGAAGCAAGAAAUUCUGUCUAGACUACAGAGCUAGAAGAGGUGUUCAUACCACAGCCAAACAUGAGAUCAGUUCACAAUUAUGCUUCACUGAGAUCAACAGCAUUGAUUGCCAACAUUGGCUGAAUUUUUAUUUUUUAUUUAUUUUUUUUUUGCAUCAUUUGAAGUCUCUAGUGCAGUGUUUGCUAUUGUAAUGAAAGCUGUUAAAAAAUGGAAUUUGUCAAUGAAUUGCUUGGAAGAAUUUAAUUUAAA